CUCCUUUCCUCUUCUCUCCUCCUCCGCCUUCUCCUCCUCCAAUCGUCGGGAGGAGCCGAUCGGUCAUUUCCGUGCUCGACUCGCGGGCGGUCGAUCCAGCAGCUGCUUCGCUUCGCGAUCUCCGGAUGAGACCAUGGCGAUCGCCGUCUCCUCCCUCCUCCUGCUCGCCUCCUUCUUCCUCGUCCUCUCGGGAGCCCAGUCGAGCGUCCUCCUGCAGCAACCCCACGCGCUGCCGUCGUUCAAUCUGAGUUACAUCCAGAAACUGGGGAGCUGCUCCUACAACGUCGUCAUCACCACGAGCUGCUCUUCACCCUCGUACACGCGCGACCAAAUCAGCAUAGCCUUCGGCGAUGCUUAUGGCAAUCAGAUAUAUGCGCCGAGGCUGGACGAUCCAUCAACUAGGACGUUCGAAGGAUGUUCCUCGGAUACAUUCGAGAUAACCGGGCCGUGUGCGUACCAGAUAUGCUAUGCAUAUUUCUACAGAAGUGGACCGGACGGCUGGAAACCCGAUAGCGUGCAAAUCUACGGGUACAAUUCGAAGGCAGUUACGUUUUACUACCGCACCUUCAUUCCGGGUGAAACUUGGUACGGAUUCAAUCUCUGCAACAGUGCCGCUUCUUCAAGUGGACAGCCCAAGUACAGAUUCUUUAUGUAUGUUGUGUAUGGAUUCUUAAUCAGUGCCUUCUUGAACGUUCUGUAGUUAAGACUUCUCUGUGUUCCCUUUGGACUUUGCUGAUGUGCACGUCUAUGUAUAGUUCACAAAUCAAUUGGGAACCAUGUUUCUGAAAUGAUACCCUUAGACUGAAGUUAUCUAUAGUAAUUAUGUUGAACUAGUCAUCUUUGGUAUUGAAACCCAGUAAAGAGUUGCCGUC